CGGUGACGAAGGAGAAUAUUGGUGGAGCCCAUAAAUCAAUAGCCCAAUAGCAAGAAGCAAUAAUGGCGGAUGCUCAUAUAUAUAUAUAGUACAUAUAAUAAUUUCAUAUAAUUAAUUCUAAAAAAUUCACAUUAUUUUCGCAAAUUCUCCACCCAUAAAUACUGCCACACCCACAAUUCUAAUACUCAAUCUGAUCAUAAUUAGAGCCAAGAAUUAGUGCGACGUAGAAUUUAAGCGGGAAAAAAAAUAUGCAGAUCUUCGUCAAAACCCUAACUGGCAAAACAAUCACGCUCGAGGUUGAGAGCAGUGACACCAUCGACAAUGUCAAGGCCAAGAUUCAGGAUAAAGAAGGUAUCCCUCCUGACCAGCAGAGGCUCAUAUUUGCUGGUAAACAAUUGGAAGAUGGUAGAACUUUGGCAGAUUACAAUAUCCAAAAAGAAUCGACUCUUCACCUUGUUUUGAGGCUUAGGGGUGGAACAAUGAUCAAGGUCAAAACCCUUACGGGAAAAGAAAUUGAGAUUGAUAUUGAACCUACUGAUACAAUUGACCGGAUUAAGGAACGAGUUGAGGAGAAAGAAGGAAUUCCUCCGGUGCAGCAAAGGUUGAUUUAUGCGGGCAAACAGCUUGGAGACGACAAAACUGCUAAAGACUACAAUAUCGAGGGUGGCUCUGUUCUUCACCUUGUCCUUGCUUUGAGGGGUGGUAGCCCCUAGAGUUCGAUGUCACGUUCCGACACCUAAAUUGUUCUAAACACCAGCUGAAAUUAUUGUCCCUAUGGCUCUUUUUUAGUAUAUAUAUAUAUAUAUACUAAUUGCAACUGGUGGUACAUCUCAAUUCUUAAGGGUUUUUUCUUAGUAGAUUUUGCUAUGUACUUGUAUAUUUCUUCUCUUGAUUUUACUAAUGUCUACUGGAGCUAAAAUGGUCAAAUCUUAUACUACUAUAUGUUUUGAGAUAGAAA